GCGAUUGUUGCAUUGGUCAACGCCCACCAAGAGUGUGGUCGAAAUGAAAGAUGGUCGGAUUGUGCUGGAUGUGAAGUGAAGUGUGGUGAGACUCUGGUAGAAUUCAUCAGCGGUAUUUCAGAGGAGGAAUGCGCAGAAAAUGAGAAAUGGUUAGCGUGCAAGGGAUGUGAAGAAACAUGCGAGGAACGAGCAAAGAACGGUGGAAGACCUGGUCGAUGCACAAGAAAAUGUCAUGGUCGAGGAUGUGAAUGCGUUGCACAUGAUGAAUUCGUCUUUGUGGUUUCUACUGCUGUUGCUCAUCAAGAGUGUGGUCCGAAUGAGAGGUGGAGCGAAUGUCCUAUGUGUGAGCUGAAAUGUGGGCAAGAUGAAAUGACUCCGUGUCUCUAUAUGUGUACCCCGCCAGCAUGCGAAUGUCCUUCUGACAAAUUCAGACGAACUGAGGACGGCAAAUGUAUCCCGACUGCACAAUGCCCCCAACACAGAAUCAGACGUGAGCAUAAAUGCGACGAAAAUGAGACAUGGACAGAGUGCGGAGGAUGCGAAGGAACGUGCGAUAAAAGACUUGUUCCGUGCGUAAGAAUGUGCAAACCGCCAAGCUGUGAGUGUGUCGCCGGCGCUGGAUUCGUUCGUGAUUCUAAGGGAAAAUGCAUCAAAUUCGACGAUUGCCCUAAAUAAAAUCGCGUGAAUAAUUUGAUAGAUAAAUGGAACUUUUCAUUUGCACAUGUUGACCAUAGAUAUAUAAUCUGCAAGUUUGGUAGUUUUUAAUAAAGUGACGUCUUCCUG